GAGGGAAGAGGUGGAGGAAAAUCUCACGAGAUAAUGAAAGAAAAGGAUAGCUGCUAGGUAAAGAAGAGCACGGCUAAAGCUAUACGUUUCACUGUAGAAAUAAGACUAAAGGACAAGAAAGGACGUUUAGCUCAUCGCCAAUUGUUUGGCUUUUCCUUGAAUAAGCGUCUCUUUAUACAUUACCAAUCGUAUGAUACUGCGCGGAGAGGUUGGCUGACCGGAGACAAGCGACACAAUCGGAGAGAUGUGGACCGACAACAACCUCGAAUGCGCUCAGAUAAGGGUUUAAAAAGGCACAAAAACAACGAUUAUAUCGAGGACCUCAAUUGGGCACCAAAGAGGGGGAAGCAAGUGUGUUGUUGCACAAAGAUAAUGUGAUUGUUGAUGUUACUUAAUCUUCUACUCACUCAAUGUCUUGGAGUUUGAAGGAGCUUUGACACUAAAGUUUAUCAGAUAAAUAAUUAAGACGCACCAUAAGCAAGGAAAUCAAUUUUUUCUGAAAUCAAUAAAUCCAUAGUCGUGCAUGAAAGGGGAAAGACCAUCCAGACAAUAACUGUGAAAAGAACAAAUAAGAACAAAAAAAGAUAAUCUUAUUCAAUUGAAAAUGGAUGGAAGUCUAGGGGAGAUGUCCAUCCACAGCCACUCUGAGCUUGCACAUAGCCAAGAUGGCAGGGCUAUACUGCAUUCAAGGGACCUUUCAGCAGCGUUCCCCAGGCCCUCCCUCGGGGGCCCUUCCAUGUCCCUGGAGCCCGAGCACCGACCUCCAGGCUUCGACCACUCCAUGUCUGCGCUGGGCUAUGGAGGCGACGCUCCGUCUAGCUGUGGCAGCACGUACACCACCCUUACUCCCCUGCAGCCCUUCGAUGACAAAUUUCACCAUCACCACCACCAUCAUCCCUGCCUUCCGGUCAGCAACGUCAUUGGGAGCUUUACUCUUAUGCGCGAGGACAGAGGCCUUGGCGGCAACUUCUACAACCCCUAUGGCAAGGAUCUGGCAAUGGCACAAAGCCUCUCCCCACCUUCCACAGGCUCUGGCUUGGCUACUCCAAUGCACAGCUAUGGCAGCUUGGGAAACAGCCCCAAUGGCAACCCUGGCCAGAUGCUUCCAAGCAGCUAUGAGGUCCAUGGUGGAAACAUCUUCUGCCGGACGGCGGACUUUGGUCGGGACAUGUCCCCGCCAGGGCUUGGAAACGACUCUUCACUUGGCCAUCAGCUAAACAAGAUGGAGUCCCAGCAGCAUGCACCCAACCACCACCCUCACAUCUACAGCCAGCACUACCAGCACCCCCACCCCAGUCAGCAGUCUUCCAAGGCAGGGGAGCACCCCUACUCCUCCGCCUCGUCCUCCUCCUUGUCUUCGCCCUGUGAGGGCAUGCUGCCCAGCUCCCAGGGAGGUGGAGGUGCAGCUGGAGAGGAGAUCAACACCAGGGAUGUGGCCCAGAGGAUCAUCACUGAGCUGAAGAGGUACAGCAUCCCUCAGGCCAUCUUUGCAGAAAGGGUGCUCUGUAGGUCACAGGGUACUCUGUCUGACCUCUUGAGAAACCCAAAGCCCUGGGGCAAGCUCAAGUCUGGCCGUGAGACUUUCAAGAGGAUGUCCCGCUGGCUCCAGGAACCAGAGUUUCAAAGGAUGGCCUCUCUGAGACUGGAGGCUUGCAAACGGAAGGAACAGGAGCAGAGUAAACUGGAGCGCAACCAGGGGCCGAAGCGCACCAGACUGGUGUUCACUGACCUGCAGCGGCGUACACUCAUGGCCAUCUUCAGGGAGAACCACCGGCCCGCCAAAGACCUGCAGGUUACCAUCUCCCAGCAGCUUGGCCUGGAGCUCUCCACCGUCAGCAACUUCUUCAUGAACGCCCGGCGCCGCAACAUCAACAAGUGGGCGGACGAGGGCCGCCCCUCCUCCACCGGCUCCUCAGGCUCCAGCAUGUCCUCCUCUGCCGUGUCCUGCAGCACAGCCUGAUGGGAUAUGGGCGGUGUGGCAUGGAGCCGUCGGGAGAAUAGGGGCGCAUAGACUGGUCUAGGCAGAGAUCAGGCGUAAUAAUGUACUCCUCAUUUUCAGAGGGAGUGAUAGCGUUAGCUAGUGUAUGUUUCGAAGACGACAAAGCAUUUCAAACCAAAGUGAUCACCACUGGGAAUGAAAGAGGUGAUAGAAAUGAUUGUGUAAGAGGAGAUGCUAAUUUGUAUAGUCAAGGGUGCAAAGUUCCUUUUAGUUUGAAGUUGGCCAUGGUAAACACCCCUGACUUCAAAAUAGACACCAUUUCAUCACAUUAUUUUGAUGAAGAUAUUGAAAAGGAGGCAGAUUCUUACCCUGAUGUGCCCCUGGGGUGUAAAUCAUCAGGAUGCACCCGUGAAUCUGGAAGCCUUUUUGUCCCUCAUAUUUAGGCAUUGUUUACUUUCCUCCAUGUUCAUGCCCUGUUUUUCUCUGAAGAAUCAAAAGACGUAGGUGACAGAGAAUAACACAGGUGUAUCAAUUGCAUAGCUCCAUCAGGCUAAUAAUUUCUGAAGAACAGAGUGCUGAGAACUCCACCUAACAAGGUUCACAGGAUUUCUAGUCCCAAGGAGAUGAUCCAAGUUCUAGGUGUGGAGUAUCAGGAAUGUAAUUUACUCUACACGAUUUUCAGUUUUCAAUCAUUUCCAAGACAACAGGAUCACCUAGAAUAUCUCAUGUGUCUCAUUGAUGGUUUCAACUUGAAUUAAUCAGAGUUUUCAAGGCAGGAAACCAAAGUGUAUUUUACUGGAAUUUCCACGUCUGUCAACAAGGGCAGGAUGCGAAGGAUGCCAUAUCAGAGACUUAUUGGUGCAACCUUCUAGCUUUAAGACAUUGACUGACCUUCCAAUCAAAAGCGUCGUAGCCAUUUUGACUCAACAUGUCAAUCUUUUGAAUACAAUGAACAUAAAGGAGAGGUACUCAUGAUACAAUGUAGAAGAAUAAUGUUGUAGUAUGUUUUCCACUCAUGUUUCAAAACACUCAACUAAACACACCUUUGCUCCAUUGCAAAUCUUUUUUUACAGAAGUCUAGAAAAUGGAGGAAUGUGAUUCUUUCAGCCCUUUUGUACAGAUUUCAAGCACAUCACUCUAUUUAUAGAAACAUUUUGGAAGUGCGGGUUGUUGUUCCAGUCCUGCUAUGUACAAGGUAAUUAUUUUCCACAAAGAGAUGGUUUUAACAUGUCUCCAUAUAGUCAGUUUAGUUGGAGCGAUAUGUUUAAAAUGCAAUUGCUGAACUGAUCAAUGUAUUUAUUACUGCAUUUAAGUAUUUAUUGUUUUUUUCCUCUCUAUUUAUUUAGUUAUUUAUUUAUGCUAUCUAUAUACUGUAAGUAUUUAUUUAACAAUGCUUUGUAUGUCUGUGUGAAACUGAAGAUUUUUUUCUGAUGGGCACUUUUAGAAACAGGAUCCCAUCGUAAUACCAAAGAUUAAGAUUGUCCUCCCUGAAUGUACGGCCUAACUACUUCCCUCCCCUGUAGUCUCAGUGAUGUUACGUAUCUCUCUCUAUCUUGAAGGCCUGGCCUUUGUUUUUGUAGAAUUAUGGGGAUUCCUUUAAUCUUGUCAAAUGUCUCUGCGAUAAACUCUUUUGCUAAGGCCAAGCUUGUUUGAAUGUUGUGGUAAUAAUAAUAAUAAUAAUAAUGUGACAUCCCAUAGGUCUCACAGGUUGCUUGUAAAGUUGUGUUUAAACACUGUUCAGCAAAGUGUGCAGUGUUGCACUUAGUCUGAAGGCUCUAAAGUGCGAAUCUUCUGAGACCACAUGCAAACGUGUAUUGUGCAGCUGCCGGGGGAUUGCAUGGAAGUAGUGAUUCCCCUGGCUGCAGUGCAGACACAAGCGUUUAUGUCCCACUCUGUGUGCUGUCGCUAUCCUCCAUACUCAUCCCUUCUGCCAGUUCUCAGUUCCACAACCUGCCAGAGUUCUCUAAGGUUCUCACUGAUGCGGCGGGGCUAACUCGGCAAUUUUCACCCAGCCUGUCUUGUAACCUUUGGAGGGGCAUGUUGCUGGGUCUCUCUUCACAGCAUGCACUUGAAAGACAGGCGGUCAUGAAAGAGGCCAUCGACUUUUUCACAGACAUCAAAGGGGGGCUUUUUUUACACCAUCCGUCUCCUCUCUAGGUAUUGGGUCUAGAGGUCUGCUCUCGGCCAGACCUGUGG